AUGAUGUUGCAAGCUUCCGUCUCGGUGCUGGCCUUGGCCGCAGUUUCACUCGCACAGGGUACAGCACACGUCCCCGUCACUGGUGUUCCCGUCUCUUCUGGUUCCGCUGUGCCUCUGAGACAAAAUAUCAAUGACUUGGUCAAGGCUGGGCCGCAAUGGGAUCUCUAUGUUCAGGCCAUGUAUAACAUGUCCAAGCUGGACUCCCACGACCCUUACAGCUUCUUCCAGAUUGCCGGCAUCCACGGCGCACCGUAUAUCGAAUACAACAAAGCCGGAGCCCGAUCAGGAGACGGAUGGCUGGGGUACUGUCCUCACGGUGAGGACAUCUUUCUCACUUGGCAUCGGCCUUAUGUUCUGCUUUUCGAGCAAGCAUUGGUGUCUGUAGCCAAGAAAAUCGCCAAUGGUUACCCUGCUCAGUAUCGCGCCAAGUACCAAGCAGCGGCAGCAAGCCUGCGAGCUCCCUACUGGGACUGGGCCGCCGAUAGCACCGUCCCUGCCUGCACGGUCCCGAACACGCUCAAUAUUAAUGUCCCCAGCGGCAGUGGCAUCAAGACGGUCGCUUACACCAACCCUCUCCGGACUUAUUAUUUCCCUCGCAUCGCCAUGACCGGCUCGUAUGGAGAAUUCUCUGGAGGUGGUCAAGACCACACGAUCCGCUGCCCUUCGCCUCAAGAGAAUUAUCCUAACACGGCUAAUGCUAACCUGCGGGCGCGCCCUUACAAGGGCUGGAUUUAUGACGUCCUGACAAACUCUCAAAACUUUGCCGAUUUUGCUUCCACCAGCGGCCCUGGUAUCAACGUCGAGCAGAUUCACAAUGCCAUUCACUGGGAUGGUGCUUGUGGCAACCAGUUCCUUGCUCCCGAUUACUCUGGCUUCGAUCCUCUGUUCUUCAUGCACCACUCCAACGUUGACCGCAUGUGGGCGUUCUGGGAGGCCAUCAUGCCUAAUUCGCCCGUCUUCACCGCAUCCUACAAGGGCCAGUCUCGAUUCAACAGCAAGACAGGAGCCACCAUUACUCCCAACUCUCCGCUGCAGCCAUUCUACCAGGCAAACGGACAGUUCCACACCUCCAACACCGUCAAGAGCAUCCAAGGCAUGGGCUACUCCUACCAGGGCAUCGAGUACUGGCAGAAAACCCAGGCUCAGAUCAAGUCCAGUGUCAGCACCAUCAUCAACCAGCUAUACGGCCCCAAGAGCUCCUCGAAGCGAAACACUCGUGCCGCCGACCUUGUCCAGACUCGUUACUUUGCGCAGAUUUCCGUCAACGUCACCGAGAUUAAGACUCGCCCCGCCGAAAUCAACGUCUACGUUGCUGGUCAAAAAGCCGGCAGCUUGAUUGUCAUGAAGCUUCCCGCCGAGGGUACGGUCAACGGUGGAUUCACAGUCGAUACUCCCAUGAGGACCCUUCUGCACGGAGGCAACCGUAACGCUGUUAGCGCCUUUUCGUCUGAUGUUGAGGUUGAGAUCCUCACUCGCUCUGGUGAAACUAUCCCCCUCGAGAGCGUCCCCAGUCUUGCUAUCGAUCUCGAAUCCGCCAACGUCACCAUGCCAUCUGCCCUGGAUCAGCUCCCCAAGUACGGUACUCGUUCAAGGCACCGUGCUCAGGCCGCCCAGAAGGGACAGCGCGUCCGACCUCCUCCCCCUCCCCCUCCUCCUGCUCAGUAA